UUAUAUUUGAGUGAAACCGUGAAAGGUGUCUGGGUCCUCCAUCUGUCGUUACCCUUGUUUCGCUCUGUCUACGAAUCAUAAAAAUGGCGUCCUCAACUCACCACUUACCAAACCCCUACGGCACCACUGCAGCUCCACCACCGACACCCUCAACCCAACCCAAUCCCCUCCCUUCCUCCGCCCCCUCCGCCGACGUUUUAUCUCGUCUGCUCCACCGCCUCCCUCCCACUCUCUCCCUCCCUACGCGCCUCUCUCCUCCACCAACCACCAUCACCACCACCACCUCUCCUCCUCUCAUCUCUCUCUCCCCCCAAAACCCUACCCUCCUCACCGACCUCCUCUCCGCCUCUUGCCAAUUCGGAUUCUUCCACCUCACCAACCACUCCAUUUCUCCCCAACUCGCUCGCUCCGCCGAGUCAGACUCCCUCUCUCUCUUCACCCUCUCGAAUGAUCAAAAACAAAUCCAUUUCCCCAAAAACUGGCCGCUUGGCUUUGACUGCGAUGACAACGAGGAUGAUGACGGAACGAGUUCUGACUCGUUCUGUUUCGACUCGGCUUGUUCUCCCGAGUCGACCGAGUUGUCAUUAUCUUCGCUUCGUGAGUUCACUCGUGAAAUGGAGAAGGUAGGAUUGGAGGUGGUCGAAGCGCUAUCGUGCGCGGUGGGGUUUGAGAACCCGGUCCGGGAGGACCCCACUCGGGUCUGUUCGUUGAUGUGGAUCUCGGAAGGGUCUCCGGGUAACACUACGGUUAGGUUUUACCCGUAUGUAGUCGGGUUAGAGUACCAAAUCAGGUGCCGGAAGUACUCAUUGCUGGCGGAUUCGGGUUGGGUUUCGGACUCGCCUCGGGUCGACUCGAUCCUGGUCACACUCGGCGACAUUGCUCAGGUGUGGAGCAAUGGAAAGAUGAAGAAAGUGAGAGGAAGACCAGUUCCAAGUUUUGAAGAUGGCAGCAACAACAACAAUGCACACUGCAUAUCAAUGUCGUUGUUGGUAACUCUUCCUCUAGAAAGCAUGGUCUCUCCCCUCCUUCCAAAGCUCACUGUUUAUAAUGGUGAAGAGGACAACCAGCUCAACAAAGAAGACGAUGAUGAUAAUGGUGAUACUAGUGCAGAUACAAGAGAAGAUGGGGCGUUCAAAUUCAAUUCAUUUUCUUUCGAGGAUUAUGCGUGGAGAAUCUACCAUGAACGCCUCCUCCUUAAGGACCCUCUUGCUAGAUACCGAAUAUAAAUUAUGCAUUUGUUGCCGCUAAUAUGUCACCACCGUAUCAGUCAAUAGGCCUCUUUGUUCUCGGAGGAGGAAAUUUCAGUGGUGAACAAAAUGCUCCCCUUUCAAGUGAUGUUUUUGCCUUUUGAAUGGGUGGUUGUUGAUUUGCUUUCUUGUUCUUCUUUUUGGUUCUCUUUUUGCCUGGGAGAUAAAACUUUUUUUUUGUAUUUUUUUCGGAGGCAAUAUGUUGUUUAUGCAUUUGGACAAAGGUUUUAGUUGUACCAUAUAAUUUUAAGUUUGAGGUAUAUGCUUCUCAUGACAUUAUAU